AUGCGCAUGAGAACGCACCGUACGGCUAGUGCAGCUCUGGGCUUUCUGCUCUUGACAGCCUGCGCACAUGCCCAGUACCAAAGCCAGGCUAGAGACAGCCCAACAGUCUUCCAGCAUGACAGGCCUGGGCAGCCGACCAUAGACAUGAGCCACUGGAAAAAGGUGUAUGCAAAGUGCACCACCCCCACAACCCAGACGUCCCCGACCAGCCCCAUCUUUGACACCUACCUGGCUGACUUGGCAGCAACCUUCACCGCUGCCAACCCCCUGCUCCUUGCUGGAGAGUGCAAGCGGGACCAGAUGAACAAUGGAGUGGCGGCGUGCGGAUACACAUUUGACCCCAGCGACUACUACCGGCAGGCCAUCACCAACAUGGACGGCCGGCCCAGGCUCACCUUCACCUCCUGCGGCAUCCAGCUGGACGGCGGUAAUGUGGCGGCAAGCAACACCUGCUGGACAGACGCAGCCUCGACAAACGGGGAGGUUGCGGUGCGCUCGGCGCUGAGUCAGACCGCGCUGGGGCCGGUGUCAUUUGCGGUGACGGUGCAGGACGGCAACCCGGCAUUGGGCGGCACAUACGUGGGAUCCAUCACAGCGACUUUCACCUGCAAGUACUACAACCCUGCGCAGCUGAUGCUCCCCGGCUGA